CUUCCUCUGACCAUUUUUAAUUUAUUGUAGUCCUAAGGAUACCCCUUUUCUGAACCAUGCAUAGUAUUUCUGUAGUAUUAUAAUGUUCAAUGGAUCUGAAAAUUCAUCUUUGCCUCUGCUACUCUCAGAAUUUCAUGGUCUGAAAUAAGGAUCUAAAGCAGAAAUUAUAGAUCCUAAAAUUUUUCACUGUGUAGAGUUUGGACCAUCAUUGUUCUACUCAAGAUUUAGUUUGUGAAAGACAUCUUUGGAAAUGAGAUACUUAGAAGACAAAGGAUGCUAUAACAAUCAUGGACCAACACAAGAGAUCCCAAAUAACAGUGCCGUGUAUUCAGAGUUUCACAAAGGAAAGGACGCUACUCGUAUCCCCCAACACCACCAUCGAACAACUAUGGGAAAACCAACCCCUUCUAAGUGGGAUGAUGCACAAAAGUGGCUUGUGGGAUUGUCAAAAGGAGGAGAGAAAAGUCACUCCAAAAACAGACCAAGAAACUCAAACGCAGAUGAUUUGAGACUGAUAGCUCCUGUGCCACAGAAGGAGCAUGAUUACUCAAGUAGUGAGAAGGAAGAGGAAGACAACGAUGCAUCAUCUCAUGAUUUGGUGACUACUUCUAGUGCCAAUGCCAUUGCUGCUCAAUAUGAAGCUGAUGCCAAAAGGGUAGAAUGUGACGAGUCAAAUUGGAGAAACAGUAUUAAGCCUUCAGAAAACACAAUCCAGGUCCAAUCAAUAUGUUUCAGAGACAUGGGAACUGAGAUGACACCAAUUGCUAGUCAAGAGCCUUCAAGAACUGGCACCCCAAUUAGAGCCACAACUCCUGCAACUAGAAGCCCUAUUCAUUCAGGGACCUCAACCCCAAUGAGAGCUCAAAAUGGGUUGCAAGUUGUUGAGGGUGACCGUAACACUGCUAGGCACUGUGCAGAAGGAUCAACAAGCCCCUGUAAGAGGGUUGAAGAUCAAGCUAGAAAGUUGGGUCCUCUAGAAAGCCGAGCAAUGGCUUGGGAUGAGGCAGAACGAGCCAAAUACAUGGCCAGGUUCAAGCGUGAAGAGGUGAAGAUUCAAGCCUGGGAAAAUCACCAGAUUAGAAAAGCUGAAAUGGAGAUGAAGAAAAUGGAGGUGAAAGCUGAGAGAAUGAAAGCUUUGGCACAAGAAAGGUUUGCAAAUAAACUGGCUUCGACUAAGAGGGUAGCUGAAGAGAAACGGGCAAAUGCACAGGUGAAGCUGAAUGACAAGGCUUUGAGGACUACCGAAAGGGUAGAGUAUAUACGUCGAACAGGACAUGUGCCAUCUUCUUUCUCUUUCAACUUUAAGUUGCCUUCCAUGUGUUGGUAGCAAUUUUGCAAUUUUGCAAUUUUGCAACUGUUUCUUUCCUGUCUAUCCCAUCACAAUUUACUGUGCUACUUCUAAAAUAAUAUUGCAAGUUCCAUGCUGUUUUCUUCCUCUCCUGGUGUGCUCUCUAUAAGAACAUCUUUAUUUGUUGUCUGCUUUA